AACCAUAGCCCAUUAAUGAGUUUUGGAGCCAGUUUUGUCAGUUUUUUGAAUGCCAUGAUGACGUUUGAAGAAGAGAAAAUGCAACUGGCAUGUGAUGACUUAAAGGCUACAGAGAAGCUUUGUGAAAGUGAAGAAGCUGGAGUUAUAGAAACCAUCAAGAAUAAAAUAAAAAAGAAUGUUGAUGGACGAAAAUCCACUCUAUCCAUGAUAGAUCGUCUACAGAGACAAAUAAUUGUAGCAGAUUGUCAAGUCUACUUGGCUGUGCUCUCGUUUGUGAAACAAGAAUUAUCAGCAUACAUAAAAGGUGGGUGGAUACUCCGCAAAGCCUGGAAAAUUUAUAAUAAGUGCUAUACGGACAUUAAUACACUUCAGGAAAUAUAUCAGAAGAAAACAACUCAGGAAUCCUUGACUUCUGAUGCUGCAAAUGAUAAUCAUAUUGCUGCAGAAGGUGUAACGGAGGAUUCGCUAAACAGACUGAAAGGUGCUGUUAGCUUUGGAUAUGGACUUUUUCAUCUUUGCAUAUCCAUGGUGCCCCCAAACCUGCUCAAAAUCAUCAACCUGCUGGGUUUUCCUGGAGACCGCCUACAGGGGCUUUCCUCACUGAUGUAUGCAAGUGAAAGUAAGGACAUGAAGGCCCCUUUAGCUACAUUAGCUCUGCUGUGGUACCACACAGUUGUUCGUCCCUUUUUUGCCCUUGAUGGCAGUGAUAACAAGGCAGGAUUGAAAGAGGCAAAAGAAAUUCUUGCAAAGAAAGAAUCUGCUUAUCCAAAUUCUUCUCUGUUCAUGUUCUUCAAGGGAAGGAUACAGCGACUAGAGUGUCAAAUUAACAGUGCCUUGACCUCGUUUCAUACUGCUUUGGAACUUGCAACAGACCAAAGGGAGAUCCAACAUGUCUGUUUAUAUGAAAUAGGUUGGUGCAGCAUGAUAGAGAUGAACUUCAAAGAUGCAUUUGAAUCCUUUGAAAGGCUUAAAAAUGAAUCCAGGUGGUCCCAGUGCUACUAUGCUUAUUUGACAGCAGUGUGUCAAGGAGCUACCGGUGAUGUCAGCGGUGCUCAGAAUGUGUUCAAGGAAGUUCAGAAGCUUUUCAAAAGAAAAAAUAAUCAGAUUGAACAAUUUUCAGUGAAAAAGGCAGACAGAUUUAGAAAACAAAUGCCAACCAAAGAGCUCUGUGUCCUGGCAUCCAUUGAAGUAUUAUACUUAUGGAAAGCCCUUCCAAACUGUUCCCUCUCGAACUUGCAGCAUAUGAGUCAAGCUUGUCAGGAUGUUGAUGAUUCAUCAGCUGUUGGUUUGAGGAAUUUGCUUCUUGGUGCCAUACACAAAUGCUUAGGAAAUUCUGAAGAUGCUGUUCAGUACUUUCAGCGAGCUGCUAAAGAUGAACUCUGCCGUCAAAGCAACUUAUAUGUCCAGCCAUAUGCUUGCUAUGAACUGGGCUGUAUUCUGUUAGACAAUCCAGAGACUGUGCCAAGAGGCAAAACCUUACUGCUCCAAGCCAAGGAGGAAUUUGCUGGCUAUGACUUUGAGAACAGAUUGCACGUCCGCAUACACGCAGCCUUAGCCUCUCUGAGGGAAGUAGUUCCACAGUGAUGAACAGGAAGUCUUGUUAUCCUUUCCCACAGUUUCUGCACUUUAAGAUGAAGCAGAAGAAAAAGCUGUUGGGAAGACCAGCUUUUCUUCUGAAAACCACUUGUGCCAGAGACACUUUCCUAGUAUGGUCAGAGUUGGUAUGGCUUAGUAAAAAUAUUACAGUUUUAACUGAAGGUAAGUCAACCAGGAAGAAGGUUAAGUGACCUUGUGUUUUUAACUCUUCCGUUUUUAUUUUGUUUGAACCA